AUGACUGAAGAACUUUACGCAGACAGACGUUAUCUUCGGAGAGACGACUUAGAGUUUUCCACGUUCAAACACGGAGAUCAGGCUGAUCAGCUAAGCCGGCCGGCGAGGAGUACAACUGGGAGAUGCUUCGUAUGUGUUCUCGCCGGAUUCGUCGUCCUGAGCGUCGUCGUUUUAGUUUUUGCGGCGACGGUGUUGCGUGUCAAAAGCCCGGACGCAAAACUAACGUCCGUCACAGUGAAGAGCCUGACGUACGGCGGUUCACCGUCUCCGUCGUUUAACGCGACGUUAGUUGCGGAAAUGAGUGUCAAGAACAUGAAUUUCGGGUACUUCGAAUUUGAGAGCGGCGUUGCUAACGUGCGAUAUGGCGGCGUGAUUGUUGGGAAGAGGAGAAUAGUUGGUGGGGUUUUGAAUGCUAAGGGGACGAUGAAAAUGAAUAUAACCGUGGAUUUGACGGCGUCAAACGUGUCAGAAAUCGACGUAAAUUCAGGGGUGUUGGAGCUUGGAAGCUAUGCAAAGCUGAGAGGAAGAAUUUGCUCGAUGAAGAUUCUAAAGAAGAUAAAGACUGCGGAAAUGAAUUGCACCAUGACUAUUAAUUUGACUGCUGCCACGAUCAACGACUUAUUAUGCAAAUAAUGUGAUGGUUUUGGAUUU